CAAGUCGGGUCCCCUCCUUUGGUUUAGUUCUCAUCUGCCCUAAUUCGCAAAUUUCUUGAAAAUCCCCAAAUCGCGCCGCCUCCGGUUUGAAUACCGCCGCCCGUCACCGCUCCUCUGUCGGUGAGCACGCCGCCGCCUGCAACCCGUCGGCCGGCCGUUCCUCCUGCAGCUUCUCCGCCGCCGCCUGCAACCCCUCCGCCGGCCGAACCUCCUCCAACUUCUCAAAAUUAAUCAGUCUCUCGCCUCAAAGAAAGAAUUUAAUCAGUCUCGGCAGCUUCGCCACCUCUCCUCCUCCAGCUUCAGAUUGUUUCAGCUGAUUGUUGGAAUUCUAAACGAUAUCAACUUAUAGUUGUGCAGCCGUCAGACUUUGUUGCCAUAUUCACUUGAUUUUGCUGAAAGAAAUGAUGGCAACCGAAUAUAAUCAAUUUGAUGCUGCUGAUGAUGAUGACAAUGAAGAUGAUCAAAGCACAUACCACAAUAUGGUGAUAGACGUUGCUGCUUCACAAUUCAAUAUUGAACAGCCGCCUAAUCCUGAAGCACAACAAUUAUAUGAUAUGUUGAGUGCUGCAGAUAGGGAGUUAUGGCCUGGUUGCAACGCUCAUUCACAAUUAUCUUUUGUGGCUCGUCUAAUGUGUUUGAAGGCAGAGGGGAACAUGUCCGAGAGAUGUUUUGACCAAUGGCUUGAAUUGAUAAAAGAAAUCCUUCCCGAACACAAUUUAGCUCCCAAUAACUUCUAUAGCACAAAGAAGUUAUUAAGUGGAAUGGGGUUGCCAGUUGAGAAGAUUGACUGUUGCCGUAAUAAUUGCAUGCUUUUCUGGGGAGAGGAUAGCGAGGAUAUUGAGUGUAAGCAUUGCAACGAGCCACGUUACCAACAAAGUGAUACAUCUUCUGCGAGUAGUUCAAGGACUCUAGUAGCAGUAAAGAAAAUGUUCUAUUUUCCUUUAACUCCUCGAUUGCAGAGAUUGUAUGCAUCCAAAGCUACAGCUGCAGAUAUGCGUUGGCACGCAUCUUCAGUGGAUGAUGGAAUAAUGCGUCAUCCUGCAGACUCGCCUGCUUGGAAGCAUUUGAGUCAAAAGUUUCCUUCUUUUGCCGAAGAGAGUCGAAAUGUCAGAUUAGGAUUAUCGACUGAUGGUUUCCAACCUUUUGGUCAAUCAGGGCAACAAUAUUCUUCAUGGCUUGUGAUUGUUACACCAUACAACUUGCCACCAUGGAUGUGUAUGAAGGAACAAUAUAUGUUCCUCACAGUGUUAGUUCCCGGGCCGCGCAAUCCUAAGGAAAAAUUAGAUGUUUUUUUGCAGCCUCUUAUAUCUGAGUUGAUACAGUUGUGGAAUGUGGGCGCGCCUACAUACGACGUGUCAAUGAAGCAGAACUUUCAGAUGCGAGCAGCUUUGUUAUGGACAGUUAGUGAUUUUCCGGCCUACUCCAUGUUGUCAGGAUGGAGUACUGCUGGCAGACUUGCUUGUCCACAUUGUAUGACAGAAACUGACUCCUUCACCUUGUCUCAUAGUGCUAAACAAUCAUGGUUCGACAAUCAUCGAAAGUUUUUGCCUAUGAACCAUUCCUUUCGAAGAGAUCGAAAAAACUUUUUGAAAAAUAAAAUUAUUACUGCAGUAGCACCUCAAGUGAGAUCGGGGGAAGAAAUAUUGUUUGAUAUAGAUAUGAUGGGAUUCGUCAAAGUAACGGAGGUGAACAGUGAAACAAUCAAUAAAGCAGCUGCUCGUGGUGUUGGCACAGGAUGGAAGAAGCGCAGUAUAUUUUGGGAUUUGCCUUAUUGGAAAUUCCUAUUGAUUCGUCAUAACCUUGAUGUCAUGCACGUGGAGAAGAAUGUCUUUGAUAAUGUGUUCAAUACAGUUUUGAACGUACCAGGAAGGACAAAGGAUACAAGCAAAUCUAGAGAAGAACUAAACACAUAUUGCUCAAGACCAACACUUGAAAAGAAUGUUGAGACAAACAAGUAUCCAAAAGCUUGUUACAUGCUUGACACUAAAGAGAAGAAAGUAUUGUUUGAAUGGGUCAAAACUUUACGAUUCCCUGAUGGUUAUGUGUCAAAUAUGGGAAGAUGUGUCGACAUGAGCAAACUUAAGAUGUUUGGGAUGAAGAGCCACGAUUGCCAUGUGUUUAUGCAACGUAUUUUGCCAAUUGCCUUUCGUGAAUUGCUUCCGUCACAUGUGUGGAAGGCAAUCACUGAACUAAGUUUGUUCUUCAAGGAUUUGAGUUCUAGGAACUUGAGAUGUGAAGACGUGUGCCGCCUUAGUGACAACAUUGCUAUCACUUUAUGCAAGCUUGAGCGUAUCUUUCCACCCAGCUUCUUUGAUUCUAUGGAGCAUCUUCCAGUUCAUUUAGCUUUUGAAGCUCAACUUGCAGGGCCAGUUCAAUAUCGAUGGAUGUAUCCAUUUGAAAGAUAUUUGCGCAAGUUGAAAAACAAUGUAAGAAACAAAGCUAGAGUGGAGGGAUCAAUUUGCAAUGCUUACAUAGUGGAAGAAGCUUCUACUUUUUGCUCAUAUUACUUUGAGGAGCAUGUGAGGACGAGGUAUAGGAAUGUGCCUCGUAAUUUGAAUACAAGAGAUGAUGUGAGAUUUGAUGGACAUCCAGAUCGAAUUUCAGUUUUCAAGCAACCUGGGCAAUACUUUGGAAAAAUGACGACAAGAUACUUAGAUGAAAAAGAGUAUCACGCUGCUCAUACUUAUGUUCUACUAAAUUGCAAAGAAGUGACACAAACAUAUCUCAAGUUAUUCGUGGCUGAAUUGCGUGCAUUACACGUCUCAGAAGCUGAUAUUAAUCGUCAGAUGGAAAUCCAAUUUUCAGAUUGGUUCCGAUCAUAUGUGUCAAAUCCUGCAAAUCACGUGGUUAAUGAGUUUCUAAUUGCUCUCGCAAAUGGCCCCCUAGUCACGGUGAAGACUUACCCGGGAUUUUAUGUAAAUGGAUAUAAAUUUCACACGAUGAUGCAUGGGACUAAUCGGGCUAGUAUGAACAGUGGUGUGUGCAUAAAAGGUGAAUGUUAUGGUUCAGAUGAGAAUGGUGAACUCGACUAUUAUGGGCGUUUGCUGGAGGUAUGCGAGCUUGAGUAUAUGGGUCUACCACUGAAGACGACCACACUCUUUAAGUGUGAAUGGUUUGAUCCAUCACCACGUGGGACAUCAGUGCAUCCUCAAUUCAAAUUGGUUUCAAUAAAUCAUACACGUAGAUAUGGUGGUUAUGAACCAUUUGUGCUAGCUGACCAAGCUAUUCAAGUAUAUUAUUGUACAUACCCAAGUUUGAGAAGUGAUAGAAACGUCGGCUACUGA